AUGUUUUUCAAGUAAUAAUCAUAGUUGAUUUAAGCUUUAAUCGAUUCUUUGGAUUUUAGUAAAAACUUGAUAAUUUAUUAAAAAAUGAAAGCUUGACAAUUGAGACAAUAUUUAAUGAAGAUGAUAUUUUGUAGGAAUUAAAAGGAUCAAGCUCAGUAAAAUUUGCAGAUUAGUAAUUAAUAUUGUGUCAUUUAGUCUUAUUUAACAUCCGUAAGAAUACAAAAAAAUGAUUGGGUAUAUUGUUGAUGAAAUUACUGAUGAGUCUUUAGAUAAAACUUAAAGAACAAAGUUUUAAAAUAUAUAAAUAUAAUUAGAUAUCCAUUUUAUUCAAGUGAAAUUUUAGGAUAAGAGAAUGAAAAACUCAUAAACUUUUUAUUUGAUAAGCCUGAAGAUGAAAUGUAUGAAGAAAUAAAUAAUCCAAUUGAAGAUGAUGAAACAUAAUUAGUAGAAACAAUAAAUAAGAAUGAUUAAUUAAAAGAGAAUGAAGAGAUAAGAGCAAAUUUAUUAAAUAAUUUAUUACAACUACUUGAAAAUGAUGCUUUGAUAGUUACAACAGCAGGAUAUUUUGCUAAAGCUGUAAAUACAAUAAUUCUUAAAAGAGGAGUUUGUGUAAAUUAUGAUUAAUAUAUAGUUUUGGGAACAUUUGAAACAUAAUCCAUAGGUUAUUUCAAAUAUGUUUAAACAUUGUUAUCUAAAACAUAUUGUAGACAUAUUUGAUAAAUUGAUUUCUUUAGAAGAUAAUUAUGAAUAACAUAAUUAAUAUAUGAAUGAUAGAUUAGCUUUAAUGCAAAGAUUGGCAUUAAUUUUAAAAGGAAAAGAAUAUUCAUAAGUGAUAGUUUAAAAUAUAUGUGAAUUAUUUGAGGGAUAAUUUAAAAAAGCAGUAUAUUAGUAUGAAACUUAAACUUAAGAAUACAAAAAGAUGUUAUUACAAUUUAUAUAACAAUAUACUCCUUCAUUUUUUAUGUCUAUAGCUUUAUAAACAUAAUAAGCUGUGGCAUAUAAUGUUAUAAUAGCAUAAUUAGAAUUUUUGAAUAAAUUAGCUUUUUCAAAUGAACAUUAAGAUUAAAUAGAGAAUACAGAAAAAGAAAGUCUCAAGAUUCCAGAUAUUGUUCAAUUAUAUUCAAUUAUUAUAAAAGACUUUUCAAAAGCAUUAAAUUAAAAAGAUUAAUUUACUUUAUCAUUUAAAUCUACUGAUGGUUUUUGUAUUACACCUUUGGGAGAAUGUAAAUUAUCAUUAAUCUAUCUGAUAAAUAAUUUAUUAAGUAAAUCUGAAUUACAAAAUUACUAUUCAUAUAACAUAUUUUAAUCAAUAAUAAAUCUUGUUAACUAACAUCGUUCAAAUAAUUAAUUACAUUUAUUAUUUGAAAAAAUAGUAUUGACUGUAUUUUCAUCUAAUAAUGAAUAAUUAUAAAAAGAAUUGUUUUAGGAAACCAAUUUAAUUACAUUUAUAAUUUAAAAUAAUAAUGAAGAAGCUAGAAAGAAUAAAUUUGGAUUUUAAGGUAUAUUAACAAGACUUUCAAAUUAUUUACAUUAGAAUUAAAGUUAAUCUAAAUAAUUUCAGUUAGUUUUAUAACAAAGUAAUCAUUAUUUUUAAUUAUAGUGAAUACUAAUUGGAAUUAAUAUAUGGAUGGUUUAGAUAGUGUUAACAAAUAUGAAUAAGAAUGGAUCUUAGGAGUAAAUCCAAAAUAAAAAGCAUUUUAAAUAUCUGAAGAAGUUUCUAGUCCAAAUAUUAUAAUGCCUGAACCAUUAGUUUAAUAUGCAUAUACAUAACCAUCAGGAUUCAGAAAAUGUGAAAGUUUUGAAAAUAAUGAUGAAGAUAAUGAGGUUAAUAAUGAAGAAGAAAUUUAAUAAGAAUAAAACGAAUAAUAAUAAAUUGAAUAGAUAGGAACAGAAACUGAUUAAAAAUAAGAGGAAUCUAAUUAGAAUGAUAAUGAACAAAAGGAUCAAUUAGAAUUAGAUUCUACUGCUAAUAUUUAAGAAGAAAUUAUCAAAACUUAAUAAGAAUAUGUAUCUUUAGAUGAAUAGAAAAAUGAAUAAGAUAAAGAAAAUUAAAUUAAUGAUAAUGUAGAUAAUUAAAUUGAUAAUAAUUAAUUGGAUCAAAAUAAUGAUGGAAAUGAAGAGAUAAUUCAUACUCAGGAAGUUUAAGUGGAAGAAAAUUAAAAGAUAUAAGAAGAUAAUUUAACCGAGCAAUAAGAUAUUUAAAAAGAAGAUAAGGAGCCUAAUCUUAAUUAAGAAGAAUUAAUAAAAUAAGGUGAUAAUGAAUAAUAGGAAUGA